CUGUCCAACGCCCACGUCAGCAAAUACCUUUUGUUUCUCUCACGUUCGGGCUUCCAUGGUUUGGGGCGGCGGGCCCCGCAAAUUGCAUUGACGCGGCAAAGAGCCCCGGCCCAGGGGUUUGGGGAUCCCGCACCCACCUCCCGCUCUCUCCGGCUCAGCAGCCGCAGCCCGCGGAACCCAGCCGAGCAACGCUUCCUGUUACCCUUUUUUGGAAUGGAGAUAUCUUCCCAUCAAUUUCAUCUCCUGCAGCAACUAAAUGAGCAGCGCAAGCAAGACUUAUUCUGUGACUGCUGUAUCCUGGUUGAGGGAAAGGUUUUCAAAGCACAUCGAAAUGUGCUGUUUGCCAGUAGUGGUUAUUUCAAAAUGCUCCUUUCCCAGAGCUCAAAGGAGACAAGUCAGCCAACCACAGCUACCUUCCAGGCAUUUUCUCCUGACACAUUUACAGUUAUUCUGGAUUUUGUGUAUUCUGGCAAACUCUCUCUCACUGGCCAGAAUGUCAUUGAGGUCAUGUCAGCUGCUAGUUAUCUUCAGAUGACUGAUGUUAUUAGUGUUUGUAAGACCUUCAUUAAGUCAUCACUGGACAUCAGUGAGAAGGAGAAGGAUAGAUAUUUCAGCCUGUCAGACAAAGAUGUAAAUUCCAAUGGUGUGGAACGCUCAUGCUUGUAUGGUGCUGAUUGGAGAACAGAGAACAGUCCCCCACAUUCUCACUUAAAUCCUGAUCAAGGGACUUGUGUGAUGAGUGGAAAUGCUUGGAGCAAUUUCAGCUACUAUCCAACUUCUCAAAGAAAUGCGCAGCAGCUGGCCAAACAUGACCAAAGGCAGGAUUCCAUUAAAAAAACUAGACAUUUAGGAUUGCAACAAUCUUCUGAUAUUCCCCAUUAUAAAUCAAGCAAGCUUGAAGACCGAUCCUCAGACCCCACUAGCCACGUUUCUCAAUCUGAGGAGGAAGUCCAAAUUGACACAGAAAUUGACUCUGCCCAUGCUGGAUAUCAGUAUGGUCAGGGGUCUGAUGUGAUGUCAAGGAGCUUGGGUGUGGCACAGCAAGACCAUGAAUCACCCCAUUCUUCUAGCAAGUCAAAGUCCUCAAAAGCAGAUGAGCAAUAUGGCAAUAUGCCCUCAAUUUUAGGUGUAAUGGGGAGCUGGGCUGAAGAUGAUCUGCCCAGGAUGAGAUUCAAGUGCCCAUUCUGCACUCAUGUGGUGAAGCGAAAAGCAGACCUAAAGCGCCACCUUCGUUGCCAUACAGGAGAACGACCUUAUCCAUGUGAGGCAUGUGGAAAAAGAUUUAGCAGGCUAGACCACCUAAGUAGCCAUUUUCGAACAAUUCAUCAGGCCUGUAAGCCAAUCUGCAGAAAGUGUAAGCGCCAUGUGACUGAGCUGACGGGACAAGUGGUGCAAGAGGGGACAAGACGUUACAGACUCUGUAAUGAGUGUCUGGCUGAAGCUGGUAUAGACAGCAUCCGCAUUGACUUGGAGGCUGAACCACAGCUUGAAUUUCCACAAGAAGGGGAUAAAGAUUCCAGGUGGCACUACAGUGAAGACAACAGAUCUGAUGUGGAGAUUGUGGAGGAUGGGUCUACUGACUUGGUCAUCCAACAGGUUGAUGAUAGUGAAGAUGAAGCAGAAGAACAGGAAGUAAAGCCAAAUAUUAGGUAGUUGUGAGUGAACUGAGAAUUAGUAAAUCUCCCCUCUUACAUUGACUUCCAGUGUCUUGACCAUUAGCCCCCAACCAGCCUGUUAAUAUACAAAGAUCUACUAUAUUGGCUUCUUAUGAACUUGUCUAAACUUGCAUGCAUUUAUGGACAUGCCAUUGAGUCCAUUUUGAAUUUUGUUACUCAAAGUAUCGAUAUUUUGCUUCAUUAGAAAGAAUCCAUCCUGAGAUGGAAUAAUGGAUGAACAAUGAAACUGAACUACUACGAUAACUGUAUAGCAGACCGUGGUUCUCUUCUCAAACCUUUUUCAUUGUGUAUGGGGGGGUAAAAACACUUUAAAACUUCACUGUAAAUUACCCUAUUUUAAACUUUUAUAGGUGGUGGGUGGGGGAGAGCGGAGUUUAUAUCCAGUAUCACCUGGUGACAGCUAAAUAUAACAAGGUAGCCCAGUAUAGAACAUAAACAAAAUCUUCUUUAAAAUACAGAAAUGAGGGUGCCCUUCAAUGGAAUUUAAUAAUUUCUUGAUAUCAAGUUUAGAGAAGCCAGGAAAAGUUUUCAGAAAUAUUGUAUAUAAAAUGUUUUAGAUGUGAUAGCACAUAUCUAGAAAAGCACUUUUUUGUAAAACUUCUUCUAAUAAGGAAAAAAAAAAAACAGUAGCAGACCAUUCAUUCAGGAAAACUUUUUUCUCCAGAAAAUAAACAAAUGGAUAUAACUUCUAGUCAAUGCAUCACAAAUCAAGUGAUACUCUGAAAAUCGGGAAUACUCAUUCUUCCCGUCAAAAUACACUCAGUCUUUUGUUAACUACCGAAGGAAAGCAAUUUUUUAAAGUAAUGAAUUUUUGUACUUCUCAAAAGUGCCAAACUGACAUGACUGAGAAUUGUAUGUAGUGUAGCUGUAGCUGUGUCAGUCCCGGGAUAUUUAGAGAGACAAGGUGGGUGAAGUAAUAUCUUUUCUUGGGCCAACUUAUGUUGGUGAGAGAGACAAUCUUUCAAGCCACACAGAGCUCUGACCUGAAUAACAGCUCUGUGUUGCUCAAAAACUUGUCACUCUCACCAACAGAAAUGUGUUCAAUAAAAGAUAUUGCCUUGCUCACCAUGACUCAGAUUUGUUAGUUAUUAGAACAGGUACAGCACUAUCAAUAGCAGUUCAAGCUUCCCAAAACUGCUGUAAAGGAAACACCUUUGGGGUGAAAAGGGUUGUUUUAGCCUUCAUGCUAGUUCCUUCCUUGUCCCCUCAUUACAUUAUCAACAAUGGUGUCACAGCUAACUAACCUGUACACCUGGUAAUUAGAAACUGAACUAAUACCAACUAAUUUUAAUCUAAGCCACUGAAUAUUUUGGUCUAUAGUGAUCUGUACUAAAUUUGAACUGGUGAGUUUAAGGUAAAAGGGUCCCCACGUACUUACUGUUCCCAAAGUCAUUCAGUCACCAGGAGAACCUUGUGAUCUUUUUCUAAGCUUUCGUAGUGAACAGUAUACACUGAAAACCAUACAUACAAUUGGUUACUUUGUCUACAAUUAGAAUACAAGAGGUGAUUAGUGCCAACCAGAGAAUGCUGCUGAGAAAAAAUAAGCCACUUUUACUCUCUGAUAUAGUGAGUUAACCAACACUGCAAACGUGAAACAAACACACGCCUGCUACUAGUGUGCUUUUCUACAAUCUUAUCUUGGACAGAAAUAAUUUAAAGAUAAUUGGACAUAAUUAUUAAAAGUUUCAUCCUGCCCUCAUGGAAAUUACUGGUGUUAUCAUUUAUUUCAGUGGGUGCAGGAUUAUGCCCUAAAUUUCUGUUUUCCAUAAAUCUUCCUUGACUGAAUUUUUCUCUGAUACAACCUGCAAUUUACUAUCUCUUUGCACUAUAUCAAUAAGCAUGCUUGCCUGACGUCUGGAUUAACUACAGCAACGUUACAAAUGUGUACUAUUGUAACCUCUCUACCCAUUUACAUUUUUAAAAAGCACUACUUGAAAUCCACUUAUGUAAAGAUGCAUAAUCUUAAUUUAAUAUCUGCAUUACCUGAGAGAGCAUCAUUUUCUUUUUGGGAUGUUGAUGGCUAGCGGGAAUGUUAAAUGAAAACCUGGGCAAUGCCUUCCUGGAGAUCAUAGAUUUCUACACUGGCAGAGGCUGAGAGCAGUCCAGGAGUAGCAUGCUCAUCUUCUAGGGAGAGGAAUACCCUCUUUUACCUUUGUCUGCCUCAGAAACAAUGUUAACUGUCUGCAGAGAAAGUCUUGUCCAUUCUUUUUCAUAUGGAAGAAUGGGAUGACCAGAGGUGGGCUCAGAUAAAACAGGGAAAAAAGGAGAUUGCUUCAGGGCUCUAAUAGCGGAUUUUAAUUUUAAUUAUUCCAGAUUUCCCCCUGCUAUCACCUGUCAAAAUUUGUUUUAUGUUCCUUUUCACGCAGAAAUUUGCACAAUGGGUUUGCUCUGAAACUGCACAGAAAACUCUUGAAGUUUUCCACCUUGACAAAACUCCUGUAGUGGCUGGCAGAGGCAAGAAAUCCAAGCAGAGUUCUUCCAUUUCUGCCAGAACUCAUAAUACACUAUAAUUAAAACUUUGUAAAACAUUGCAUGACCAACCUGAACUAACUUUCAGACCUAACAAAGGAAUGUGUAUAGAAAGCCUGAAUAGCUUCAGUAAGCAGUUCAUUUAGUAAUUUGCUAACAGAAACCUGAUUUACAGGUAAGAGGGAAAACUGUUCAAUCAGUAGUCAGCCACAAUAAAAUCCAGGUAGUAAUAAAUUCCACUGUGCCAGAAUAUUGAGCGAUCACAGCAGGUGAGGGGGAGAGGGCUUUAGGAUCACACAUAUAACUUGGGCUACAUCUGCUGAGGAUGACAUCUAGUGUGUAGCCUAUUGCAGUGGUUUUUAAAAUGCGGGUCGCAACCCAGUACUGGGUCACAGUGGCUCUAUUCAGCACUGCCGACCUGGCCGUUAAAAGUCCCGACCUGUUUUGACACCAUGCUGCGUCCCGGAAGCAGCCAGCAGCAGGUCCAGCUCAUAGGCAGGGGGACCAUGUGGCUCUGCCCCUGCCCUGAGCACCAGCCCGGCCAAUGGGAGCUGUAGAGGGAGGUGCCUGCGGGCAAGAGCCAUGCAGAGCCGCUUGUGUGCCUCUGCCUAGGAGCCUGACCUGCUGCUGGCCGCUUCUGAGACUCAGUGUGGUCUGCAGUGCCAGGAUAGGCAGGAAGCCUGCCUUAGUGCCGUCGCUGACCAGGAGCUGCCUGAUGUAA